GUCCGCUGAAAGCAACAGAAAGCUACAAACUCCAGAUGACAUCAAGUAACUGCUUAAACAGUAGUUAAGAAAGCGUAUCUGCAGUCCUUGUAACCAAGGGAAUAUAAAAAAACCACAUAAUAAUAUUUGGAAGAGAAAACCUUUGGCCCAGACAGCACAAACACAUCCAACCAAGGCUGUCAUUGAGCAAGUCUGCACAAAGAGUGAGAGAGUGUUCAGGGACACGGGCUUCACAUUCAUUACAGUGAAUGUAACUUUUCAUUACAGGACCAUUCACACAAACACACACACACACUCAGGUCCUGUCACUGUGUCUCCCUGAACAUUCCCUCCGCAGCUUGUGUUGCUGCCUGUUUGAAAGCAGAUCAGUAAUCCUGGAUCAGAGAGUACAAAGGGACCCCAGAGCGUUGGUGAUGCAAGCACUGUGUCCAGUGUCCAGCGGGUAACCACAUGCUGCCUGGGAGGGGCCGAGGUGGGACAGGGAGGAACGUCCCUGCCGUGACUGACCCUGAAGACAAGCGAACGCUGAUACCGGCAGGCCAGCCUGUCUGCUCUGUCUCGGGGGCCUGCUGCCGAUGACCUGGGACACAGUGGGAAGUGCUCUCCAGCUCGCUGUGGAGGAAUGCAGCUAAGCUGUGAGGAGUGGUGGACUGUGUGACCGGGCAAACAGAGUGACUUACAUAUACUGUGCUUCAUUCAGGGAAGGCCACGUUGCUGCAGAUGUCCAUGGACUCGCUGCAGGACUCCAGUCACACAAUGUGGGGCCUGAAUGCUCGCUUGAAGAGCUUCUUGGAGCAGGUGAACCGGCUGCAGGAAGAAAACCAGCAGCUGGAGGCUCAGAUAGCCAGCUGGGGGGUCAGGAACACCGCGCGUUCCCAGGACUGGUCCAAACAGGAACAGACCGUCAAGGAGCUCCGUGCCCAGGUCGGUAAACUACUGAUGGAGAAUGCUCAGCUGGCUUUAGAGUCUGACAGCAUGAAGUCCAGAGCGGCUGCCAUCCAGGCCAGGUGCGAGACCGAAGAGAGGAACACCAGGCGUCUGGAGGAAGAGGUGGCUCUGCUCAGGGAGACCAAGAGGACGGCAGAUCACAGCAGCAUGAUACUGCAUGCAGAGGUUCACCGCUCCAUGACAGAGCUGCAGGAGAUGCACCGGGAAUUUGAGGCAGCCCGGGCUCUGCAGCUGCAGCGGGCCAGCUCCUGUGAUGCUCUGUUAGCGACUGCCACGGCAGCAGCAGCAGCAGCAGGAGGAAGGGAAGAGGAGGAUGGCACAGGGAUGGAGCUCACCCAGCUCCUCGACCGAAUCAGAGCGCAGUGCGAACAGAGCAGACUCCCCAGCCCGGGGGAGAGACACCUCGGCCUGGGCGCCAUCUCAAAUCCAGCCCCCGGCUUGGUCGGGCCUCCUCAUGCUGGAGCUGGAGCAGCAGCAGCAUCCAGAACACACAGAGGAGCCCUCAGCGAGGAGGAGGCAGCGUGGGCGCAGGUGAGCCUCGGCGGCGCCGCCCUGAGGGAGGCACGGGCCGAGCUAGCCGAGGCCAGGAAGCAGUGGCACUCGCUGCAAGUGGAGAUUGAGACCCUACAUGCUUUGGAGAAAGGCCUGGAAACGUCCCUCCAGCACACCCAGAGGCUCUACUCCAGCCAGCUGCAGGAUCUUUCCCAGGUGAUCGCUGGGCUGGAGAGCGAGCUCGAGCAGGUGAGGAGCGGGUUGGCCACCCAGCGUCAGCGCCACAAUCAGCUUCUCAACACUAAGAUGAGGCUGGAGAGAGAGAUUGCUACUUACCGCCGUCUGCUGGAGCGCGAGGAGGGAAGAUACAUGGGUCGUACUGCACAGCCGAUGGUUCUGCGGCCAUGGAGGUCUUCAGUCGUGGAGCCAAAGGAGAAUGGACUUGAAAAUGGUUUCAGUGACCUCGCCGUUACUCCAGACGAACCCAAGUCAGAGCCCCUCCCUGACAUACCUUCACUCCUCCCAACAGAAAAUGGGCUGAAGAAAAGCAUACUGUACAGACAGCGAAGCCUGGUGAUACUCACAGAGCCAGAACUAGAUAAGGACUUGCCAAUCUCCACUGUGAAGACUCAGGAGAUCCUUCAAGGCAAUGUGGUGCAAGAAAGCGCGGAGGGUCACGGCACCAUUGAGACAGAGAAGAUUGAUAAGGUGAUAAAGCAGUGGGAGGGCUCCUUCUUCAGGGGGAAUCCCAAGCUGAGGAAGAAGUCCGUGUCGCUGCGCUUCGACCUGCACAUGGCCGCGGCGGACGAGGGGUGCGCCCAAACUAAACAGGACAGCCUCCCCGACGUGGAGGUACGUCUCAUCAUGAAGAGAUCCCGCAGCAUCCCGACCAUCACGCAGUAACUCGGUCACCGUUGGGCCCGAGCUGACACUGGUUUGCGGUAACAGAAAUAACAUUUGUGCCACGACGGUGGGCACGUUACCACCCGUCACCAUCGUGCUUAAUCUGAAUUUUAGCUGAUGAGCUCCCAUCAGAUCUCAUCUUUGACAGGACGAUCAUUAACCAUCAGGCUUUUGUGGUGACCAUUUUUAUAGUGUCAGAAAGACUUACAGUCAUUACUUCACAGAGGAUAAGUAUUUAAUAUGUAAAACAUAUUUCUGCGUCAUCAUUUUAGAUGAAGAAAAGCUGUCUUUGAACACUUUGUUUCAGUUAGGUUUCACUGGAUUAAAGACAUCAUAACAAUGACUCUGCUUAACUACAGCAUUUAACCCUGAUUAGCACCUGGUACAGGAAGCUGAGAGCACAGGUAGACUUGGAUGGAUGGAGACACAGCACUAAGAGCUGCUGUGAACUACCUAAGAGUGGAUUUUCAUGUUUUGGUAGAUUUUCUGUGAGGGGCUGUAUGAAAAUUACAAAGUUUUGUUUUUUAUUUGUUUUUUUGUAGGAAUGACAUAUAAAAUUUGUCAAUGUCGCAGAAUCGUUCAACUCCAGUCUGCAUCUCAGAGCAGAGCAAAACAUGUGUAAAAACAUCAAUAAAUAGAUCAGAAUUGGAAAAUUGAUGGAAGAAUUUGGGAAAUUUUCCAUUUUCCCUUUUGAUAUGUGCAUCGGUGACCACGUGAAAGUUAUUUUCCCAUCAGAUCAUUAACAUUUAAUUUAGAAGACAGUGUUAGUCUUUAAUCCUUCCACCGUGAGGUUUCUGCACUGGGAGAAAAUUUUAUCUGUUAAAAAGUGCAAUUCGCACCAUUUUUCAAAAAAACAUACACACUGACCAAAGAAGCCGCCUGAUAUUAUUCUGACUGAAAUAAAAAUGCAAUCAAAGUGUAAUUUAAAUAGCACUUUUAAAAUAGAGUUUACAAAGUGCAAAAGAAAAAAUCUGAGAAGGAAAACUUCUACUGAAAGUCACAUGAUGGACGAAAGAAUCACUGUGAUGGCUUUCAAAUGUUUCUCCUGCAUUAGGUACCAAUUCGUUUAACCUUUGGCCUAAUCAGAUUUUUAGGAGGGCCAUCUGAGAGCUAAACCUACGUCUAUUAACCAGCUGAUAUUCGUUAACACUGGAUGGUUAGUAGAUGGACAUCCAGUCCCAUCAGGUAACCUUUGACCGUGCAGCACACUUGAAAAAAACAGAAGUUGACCCAAAGGAAGACCAAAUGAACAGCCCAGUUCUUUAUGGGCAGCCCCAAAGUGCUUUUCAGUUAUUCUGUGUAAAAAAAUGGAUGCGUUAGAGGCAGUACUGAGCAGGAAGUGCAGGUGAUCAGGUGAGAAAUCAAAAGGUAGCGAAUAAAACAGCGACAGGAAAAAUAUAAAAAGAAUAAAAAACCCACAAAUCAAAAUUAAUAACAAAUACUAAUGAUGAAUUUAAAAAAUGAGUUUAAAAAAUAAUAAGAGAUCAUCAAAUAGAACCGAUUUAACAAUUGUUGGACAUAUCAGACGGGUCCAGACUGUGGGGGGGCAAAAACAGAAAGACCAGGUCACCUUUGGGUUUCAGGUGAGAGGAGUCUGUAGUGAGGAUGACUCUGAGGUGAAAGAGAAACAGAACAGAUGGAAACAGAAUGUUUGGGAUUCCAGCACUGAGACGGGGGGUUAAAAAAGCUUGUUUGCAAAUAGACAAAUGUGCCACGAUUCAAGAGGUCAUCCUGAAAGGCGGAGUCCUGCUCAGAUCACAGAUUAAUUUUUAAAAAUUAAUUAAAAAAUGUAAAAAGAAAAAAAAAGGUUGAUGGAAAAAUCAUUCUAACUAAUCUAAUAGAUCUAUAUACAUUUUUAAAUGACAUCCUUUAUUUAUCCCAAUAAAAGACUGUAACAUCUCUUUUUCAAAACAGCAGCAGAUAGUUCAAACAAGUUCACGCAACUACAGAUCAUGCACAAUAACAGGUCACAUUUCAGUGCAACUUACUUCAAUUUCCACAUUAUAACCAUCUCUGACGAUUUCAGGUACAUAUAACAUCAAAUAUGUAGAUGAGUGUCUUAAACUUUGCUUUUAAAGUAAAGCCUUGCUCCGUGUCCGCUAAUUUUCAUACAGUCCCUUCCUGCUUUGCACUGCAGACACUCACAGCACUGAAAGAAGAGUUUCUUUUACUCUGAGGGUCUUUUGUCAUUGCGGUUAAUCCUCUGUGUGGGGAUUUAAAAAGAAUACAAUAAUAUAUAUUGCUAUGGUGUUAUUGUGUGAUACUCACUGUGAACCAAACAGCAGUGAGAAUUUAGAUUCCCCGUCUUAACCAGAGGAGGGCAGUGUUUGUAAAUAGUUACCACUGCAGAGUGUUCUCAGUGCUCCACUCGGUCCUGUAACACGUCCUGUUGCACCUUAGACUCAAGUUUUUAUGCUAUCUUUUGAGUUGGCACCAAAGAUAAAUAUAUAUAUAUAUAUAUAUAAAAGAAGCGGACCGCUGAGCUUUGCAUUUGGGUCCCUUAAGAUAUGUUGAGAAUAUUUAAAAAAAUUACCUAUGCAGUUCUGUACUUGGUUUUGCUUUGCUUCAGGAAGCACACUCUUCAUUUGAAUGAAGCAUUGUGCUUUUAUCUAAAGAUUUAUCAUUUCAAAUAAAACACAGAAAUAUGUGCA